GCUAAUUCUUUUAGUAUUUGUCACAUGAUCCUCAUCUCAUGUCUACUAGCUUUCACUAGUUUCUCUUCCUUAUGCCUUUGUUUCAACCCCAAGAACUUCACGAGCUUGUCAACUUCUCCCCUCCAUUGGGGCUCAGCCGGUGCCACUUGGUAUGGUAGCCCCGAUGGAGCCGGAAGUGACGGGGGAGCAUGCGGGUAUGGGGGCGCUGUUUCGCAAAGUCCUUUCGCCUCCAUGAUAACUGCGACUGGUCCGUCUCUAUACAAAUCUGGCCAAGAAUGUGGAGCUUGUUAUAUGGUCAAAUGCACCAAGCUUAACCACAUGUCGUGCUCGGGGAGGCCUGUGAGGGUCGUGAUAACCGAUUCUUGUCCCGGAGGACCCUGUUUGUCUGAAAAAGUUCAUUUCGAUCUUAGUGGAUCUGCCUUUGGUGCAAUGGCAAAGACCGGCCAAGAGAAAAAGCUUCGCGAUACGGGUAUUCUCAAAAUAAGAUACGCUCGGGUUGCAUGCGAUUACAAGGGUCAGAGAAUGGCCUUCCAUGUAGAUCAAGGUUCAAAUUCUAAUUACUUUGCAGUGGCGGUGGAAUUUGAAGAGGGCGAUGGAGAUUUGUUACUCGUCGAACUAAGACAAUCAUCUUCACAUAACGAAAAAUGGCGGUCCAUGCAGCAAUCGUGGGGUGCGGUAUGGAAGCUUGACGCGGGGUCAGAACUACAUGCACCAUUCUCAAUUCGUCUCACAUCUCGGUUCUCUCGUAGUGUCUUGGUGGCCAAGAACGUUAUUCCUAUCGGAUGGCAACCUGGUUUAACUUACCGAUCAAUUAAUUAAUUAACUAAUUAUCUAGAUUAAUUAUAAUUAUAGAU